UCGGUCCUGCAAGACGUCGUUACAUUCUUAAAACUGCGAUACUUCGUGAAGACUGUUAUUUAAGACGUAGAUGAUAAGAAACCAAGUAGCUUCAGAUCUUAAGAAGCGAUGAGCUGGUGUGUGGUGACCCUUGCUGUCUGCACGUUAGUGCUGCUGGGAGGAGUGGCCGGACAAACCGACUGCCCCAGCGUCUGUACAUGUUCUACAGGACAGUUCAAGACGGUGGACUGUGACGCCAGAAACCUGACCAGCAUUCCCGGUCCGUUGCCUAGCGACGCCAUCAACAUCUUUCUUGGAAACAACAACAUCCAGGAAAUCCCGACAGAUGCCUUUAACAGCCUGUCCUCCGUGGUGAACCUGUACCUGAAUAACAACCCGCUAACUAGUCUCCCACUCGACGCCUUCCGAGGCCUGACCACGCUGCAGAAGUUAGACCUGGGGGAGUGUCAGAUCAGCACCAUAGAGGACAACGCUUUCCGCGGACUCACCGAGCUCACGGACCUCACGCUCGACACCAACCAGAUCAAAAGUGUGUCCUUGUCAACAUUCCAAGGCCUGCGCAGCCUCAACGUCCUGAACCUGAGAAUGAACCAGCUGACGUCACUUCCGGCGGAUGUGUUCGAGUCGACCCUUAACCUCCAGAGCCUGUACAUGUCCGAUAACCCGUGGGACUGCUCCGACUGCGCUCUCGCCUGGCUUCCAAGGUGGCUCUCGCUGACAGGAGUCUCCCUGGACGCCUCGCGGUGCGCCACCCCCUCUCUGUCCCAGGGCAGUCUGGUGCGGAACGUCCUGGUCACGGAGUGCCCUGGUCUCGUCAGCUCGGCAGUUACCAUGGCAACGCCCUCCACAGCCGUCAUGACGAUGUUUCUCACAGUGUUCUUCUUCUUGCUGUGAAAUCUGAAUCGCUCAGAGUCAAAUAAGCCAAGUUUUAGAGUUCGAUAUAAUUCAAGACAUUGAUCAACAUCUU